UCGAUGCCAUUGCGUUGGAAAAUGAAUCGAUUUUGUGCGGAAUGGAAAUGAAACUAGAGCCGACCGUCAAACAAGAGCCAGAAGACAACGAUGGUAUUGCGAUUGUGUCAAGAGUGUCAAGAUCAGCGCACACAGCCAAUGGAACACAUGAAAAUGCGACUGCUAGUGGCCAAGUGAAUGGUAACAACAUUUGUUUCGAUUUCUACGUUCUGGACGAGGUAAAAUCGGAAGUAAAGACUGAAAAGGUUAAGGAUGAGGUGAAUCAAGUUCCACGGAAGAGCUCUGACAAAAAUCGAAAGCCACGAAACGAUGCGAACAAGCGUUUUCCGAAACCAAAAUCAAAUGGAUCGGAUGACGGUGCGGCAAAAAAAUAUUCAGCCAAGGUUGGAAAAAGUGGCAAAGCAAAUAGUUUUGGUAGCAAGCAGAAACCAGCUCAAGACAAGGCAAAUGAAAAGCGACACAAGUGUUCAUUGUGCGAGUAUCAGACUUCCAACAAAAGUCAUUUGAAAAGACACAUGCUCAAGCACACCGGCGAACGACCAUUUCCAUGCAGCGUGUGCCGGAAGCGAUUUACAACAAAACAAAAUCUCCAAUCGCACAUGAAAACACACGUCGAUGAGUUUCUUUUCAGUUGCUCGAAUUGUUUGCAAGGAUUUCAUCGCAGCGAGGAGAAAGUGAAACAUGAAACCGGUUGCAAUGUGCAUCGCUACGAGUGUCAUCUGUGCACGGAAUUCUCUACAUUGGAAAAAAAGGAUUUUAAACGUCAUUUGCGCGUUCACACCGGCGAGCGACCAUUCGAAUGCGACCAAUGCUCGAAUGCAAAGAUUCAAUCUCGCGAGUAAUUUGGAACGCCACCGCAAAUCACACGCCAAUCCUCGUUCAUUGAAGUUCAAGUGUUCAUCUUGUUUCAAAAAUUUUGCCCAACAAAAGGAAAAGGAAAAUCAU